UGCACGGCUGCUGCAGCAAGGAUUUGGGCUGAGUUGAGGAAUUUUUGGGUAUCGAUAUCGUUCGGAUUGGGCCUUCGUGUGGGCUGGCAACCACCUGUUAAAUGGACACAGGUGUUCUUAAACAAAGGGGGCGUGGUCGUAGCGUUUCUAGAGCGUCAGAUUGGUGAAGAACACAAGAAGUUUUGGUGGACUUGGAUGAGAAAAGUCAGCGAGACAGAGCCAUGGUAGUGAAGUCAGCCCUGGUGUUUGUAGUCGUGGCAGUUCUCCUGACGUAUUACUGCAACGAGCCGGUCCCACCAGACAUCGCACAUCCAACACAGUUCGCUUCAUUCGGGGUUGUCAUGAGAACAGUAUGGAACAUGGCCAUACUGGGAGAGUACCUCGGUAUAGGGACUGAGCCACAGAAUCUACGCUACAUCCUCGGUUCACUGAUAGGUGCUGCCCAGAGAGUAAAAGGGACAUCUUACCGUGAGGGUCUGGACUGUAGAGAUACCAUGUUUAACAGGGUCAGAGUACGUGUGUACGAACCCGUGUCAGUGGCAAAGAGCGGAGCCAAAGUGCCAGGUCUGGUGUACAUCCAUGGAGGGGGCUGGAUUAUGCUGAGUGUUGAUGUCUUUGAUGAGCUGACGGCUCGUGUUGCCAAAGAGUUGGGGAUUGUGGUUGUGUCUGUGGAGUACCGACUUGCUCCAGAACAUGUGUUUCCGGCUGCGUUUGACGACUGCGUUGCUGCUACAAAGUUCUUCCUCCAAAACGCGGAGCUGUACAACGUAGAUCGCACACGUGUCGGCAUCAGUGGGGACAGUUCUGGCGGUAACCUCGCCGCAGCAGUCACUCUCGCACUCGCUAAAGAAAAGGGUCUCCCAAAGUUAAAGACACAGGCACUCAUCUACCCAGCUCUGCAGGCUCUAGACUUUAACACACCUUCCUACAUCGACCAUGGUCAUCUUAACACUCUGAGUAAAGAAAAGAUGAUAUCAUAUUGGCUGUGGUAUCUAAACAAUGACUCAUCCUUUAAAGAAGUGUUCGGAGCCAACAACCACACAAGUGAGCAGCUAAAGAAAUCUCAGUAUGCCGGGUACGUGGAUCACAAAAUGGUACGACCCAACCUGCGGCCAAAGGUCGUUACACCCGUAAAGAAAGAAAGUAUAAAAUUUCCCGAGAUUCCGAACAUAGCGACAAUUCUGGACCCACGUUUUGCCCCGUUGAUGGCAGAUGACGAUGAUCUGAAAGAUCUCCCACCAACGUUUGUGAUGACGUGUGAGUACGAUGUUUUGAGGGAUGAUGGAGUGAUGUACGCCACCAGACUUCGGAAGGCCGGGGUAAGGGUGGAACACGAUCAUUAUGAACGGGCCUUUCACGGCUUUUUACCUCAGAAUGAUGUGAAUGAGGUAGCAGAAACAGCUGUGCAGAACUACAUCUCAUAUCUGAAGAAGAACCUUUGAAGUUGAAAACUUUCUGUCAAACCAACCCAGCGAAAAAAGUAGCCAAGUUUUGAGUUAUAUACAUCAACGUUUAACGUUACAUACAUGUACAUUAUUUGUACUCUCCAAGAGGGUUUGAGUUUCUGCUUAUUUUUGACAUGUUUUUAAUAAUUUCUAUCAGGCUUUUCCCCACUCAGGUGCCAUAUGGGAUACUCUCUUGCCAAUUUGCUACAGUCUUGCAGCUACCAAAAGAUUUGCUUGGAGAUUACACUACACACACGCACUAGUUAUGAAAUGAGGGAUAAAGAUUUGCAGUAAACCUACUAUGUAAACCAAUUCCUGUAUGUGCAUGUGUCAAUUUAUAUAUAUAUAUAUAAAUAUGUAUAUAGAUUAUAGAUUUAUCAUGCAGCUAACCAAUAUACACAAAUGGUAUUAUGAUGCUGGUUUUGUCUUGGUUUCAUUUAGAGUACAAAAGUUGUACAAUAAGUCAAGAGACCUUUGGUAUUAUAUCUUGCCUGAUGUAGUAGCAAGAUAUGAAAUGACAAUUUAUAAUGUGUAUUACACUGUGUACCAAGUGUCU